GUAGACCCGUGUGAGAAACGACUUUAAGGAAAACGGUGUGUGCGUCCCUCUUCGCUCGUGCAUGGAGCAAAUCGGCGAUCGAACUCAGAAGUGCCUUAUGUUUGCUCAGAUGUAAGCGGCGUGGUUCGUUAAUAGCCCGUUUAAUUAGAUACAAGCUUGCAGCUGAGUCACUGGCAAUGGUUAGCGUUUUCUUCGCGAACAUACUAGUUUCACCUCCGAAUUCUUCCAGGGCUGCACGAAUUGCAGCGAGCUCGGCGCGUGUAAUAGUGUUAGUGCAGCCAAAUCCAUUUGGGUUUACGUAGACCACACGGUCUUUAUGCCAAGCACAAGCCCCAGCCACUUGUAGUUCUCUACCGUUUUCAGUUGUUAUCUUGGAUACCGAGCCAUCGGUCCAUACAAUUUCCUCGGGGUUGUGGGCCAGCGGCAGUGUACGUUGGAAUUGUGUCCGAUUCAACCUCGGUGUCGCUGGAGCUUCGUCAGGCGUGACCAUAGUGGCAAUGUUCUGGGGCACGUCAGUGCCGAGUCCAGGCUCCAUCCCAGCUGUGCCUGGGGAGUCCAGUUCUCCGUUCGUCCAGGUGGCGAGUCGGCGGCAGAGCGGGUGGGUUAGCCACUGUGUGUGUGGGCUGCGCACAACGGCUCGGACGGUUGCCGAGGGGAGGGACGUCUGGUGCUGUGGUGCCGUCUUAUGAUCAGUUUGCCCCGGGUCGCGCCGGUAUCUGUGCAGCAGGGCAGCCACCGCCUCCUCGAAGGCCUUGGUCCGGUUGUUGCUGGUCCGGUUGAAGCUUUCCCAGAGCGUUUGAAGGCGUGCGUAGGAUGGCCGCCAGCUCCUGGCCAUCAUUAUCCAGGUCGUAGGUAAGCUGCGCAUCUCCGUUGGUGCAGUCAUCAGUAGGAGGGUGGACCAGGUCCUUGACUACACGUUCCCGGGCUAGUUUCCAGAGUGUUUGCUUGCCCCGCCGGUGAGACAGCCUGAGUGGUGAGGCUUGCUGCCUAUCGUCCGCUUCCAUCAGGUCGUGCUGACUAUCGUCCACUUCCAUUUGGUCGUGCUCAGGUGCUGCGGCGUCGACAUCCAUUGGGUCCUCAGCGGCGGCCGCGGCUGGCUGCCCUUGGUGGAGAAGGCUUUCGUCUCCAUUUGUGAGGCGCAUAGCCGUGCUGAUUGCGGCUUUAUCACCGGAGUUUCUCAAGCUCCCGGGUGCUAAUCAGAUGGCGGCUCGUAUUGCGGUCGACCAAGUGGCUGAAUUCGAGCUGGAGUUCCGCGAGCGGGAGCACGUGUUCGACAGGGAGGGGUGCUGCCGCACGCGCUGCAGCUGCGGCGUCCAAAGCCUCGACAAUUGACCAGGUAGGGGUGGUAUACGGUGUGCCCUUGUAAAAGAGCUGUAUACCAUGCUCACGAGCGAGGGUCAUCUGUUGCAGAGUUGUGAAGAAGCGCCCUCUGUCUGCAGGUAGGUGGUGUGCGAGGCUCGUACCCGCCAGGCUAUGCUGCCGUGGCAGGAGGGCACGGGUAACCACGCCCAGUCGGCCUGUGUCGUUUAGAGCAAGGACAAGCGCGCGGUUGGCCACACGCGCGUACUGGGGUAAGAGUGAGCCCAGUCCUAGGCCAUAUUCAUCGAUUGGGAGAAGGGUGGUACGGGUAGGGAAGCUGCGUGGCAGCCCGUAGCACCGUUUUGCGUAACCGGCCAGUGCAGCGUCAAAGUUUGCGAUGUCCUGUUUCGUGUAUGGCAUCGCAGCAAAUGCAUAGGCGAUUGAGGUGUGGACGCAUUGCUGCAGCAUGCGUAGGCGUUGUGCCGGCGUGGCCAGUGACGUGGCUAUGGCCGUGCCCUUUUCUUUCACAGUUUCCGUGACGCGGGAGACUUGCGCCUUCCAGUCUAGUGAGAAGGUCUUCCAGCGUUGUGGUCAGGGCCGCCAAGUCGUCAGCGUACGCGGCGGCGCUGCAGUGGUACCGUGCAUUGUCCUCCGGGCUGAGGCAUCCGUAGCGGUAGCCCCGCCCACCUGCGUGGAGCCACCGCACAAGCGGUUCCAUGAACAAGAUAAACAGUACCGGUGACAGGGUGUCACCUUGCACUGUGCCACGUUCUAUUGGGAUGGCGGAUGUGCAUCCAUGUUCAGUACGAAUGCGGGUGGUGGCGUGCGCGUAUAGGUUGCGAACUGCGCGUAUCAGGUCGUCAGGCAGGCCCAGAUCGAACAUAAUCUGGAGUAGCCUGUCCUGAUCGAUUGUGUUAAACGCAGAGCUGUAGUCAACAUACACUGCGUAUACGUCUUUCCCAUACAGGGCAGCGUCCUCCAGUACAUGCACAAGGUUCAGUAUCUGCCGUUCCGUGUUGCAGUAGGCCCGGAAGCCCUCCUGUGAUUCGCUGAACAGCUGGAGUGGGCCUGCCAGUUCACCGAUGCCCAGGGUGAGCAUAGAAGUGUACAGUUUAUAGCAAGUGUUGGCUAGAGCGAUGGGCCUCUUGUUCUUGAUGUCAAGAGCGUCCCCAGGUUUUGGGAGCAGGACCGUGUCUGAAGUGGCCCAGGACUCCGGGAUUGUGGACUUGACGUACAUGAUCUUCAGUGUGUUGUGUAGGGCUCGCUUCAUGCCGUGAGGCAAGAUGCGGAGCAGCUCGUUCGGAAUGCCGUCUGGGCCCGUGGCUUUGUUACGAGAGAGGCCUGGUGGCGAGCGUGUGCUGGAGGGCAGCGGCAGCAGCUUCACGCUGCGCUUUGGCUCGGUCCGCCACCAACUGGCGGUGUUGGGCUUGGCAGUCCUUUAUCUGACCUCGUAUGGCGGCAGCCUCUCCUUCCGUUGUUGUGUCUGGCGCUGCACCGCCGGCUGUCAGGUCUGCCGUGGCCUCGACCAUUAUGUCCUCCAAGUGGGCGGCAGCGGCGGCCAGCUGCUUCUUGGUGAUUGGAAGCGUCACGCGAGACCAGCGUGGGCUGUCUUCAGAUGUUGUUGCUGGUGGCGCUGCGGGCUGCGGUGCUUCCCAUAGGUGCAGCGCGUCAGCAGGCAGUUUUACGUGUACAGGUUUAUGGUCAAAGUUACCCGCGACUGUACUUACGUGCUCGUGUGGGCUGGGGCACGCGGUGAGCGUUGUCGUGCACAUGAGUAUGUCAUCUAUGCGGCUGCGGUGCGUUGUGACACCAUGUUGUGUUUGUUCAUAGGACCAUUCGCCCUCUGUGGUCAUGGUGCCUCGUGCGGGUAAUAAGCCAGUUUGUGCCAGAAAGCGUUGGUGUAGUCGGUCAGCAGAGUCAAGCGGCCCUGUGCGAUCUGCAGCGUUAGCUACAGCAUUGAAGUCUCCCGCCACAACCAGGUGUUGUUCACAGGCGCUGGUGUGUGUCAGGGUGGUCUGGCAGUAAUGGUAGAUGGCCUUGCGGAUUGCCGUGUCUUCGGGCGCGUAUACACCCAGGACUGUAAGGGGCGUGCUGCCCCGUGUGCGGAUCUGAAUGUGAGACACAUAGCCGUGUAGGGUGACUGGAGGAGUGUGAGCUGCAGUACAAGCGGUACCCUUCAUUCAUAAAGGCUCGUUUUAGUGGGUCGUGUCGGUGGCCAAGCUUAGUUUCAGUCAAGAUCACAAUAUCGGCGUUCCAGGCAGCAAGAUUGCAGAGUGUGAAGCUCAGAUUUCCCGGGGCACCUGCGGCUGUUACUUGUGAGAGUAGGCCCCGUACGUUGUGUGUGACAAGAUGUAGUGUGCGGGCCUGUGUUUGGUCUGGGCUAGGUUGUGCGGUAGUUGUGUCUUGUCGUUCUGUUGGUGCGGUUUGCUGUCGUUUGAAUAGGUCGGUGAGCAUGUUUGUGCGCCCUGUCCAGCGGGCCAGCGCUGUCCCAUUGGUGGCGGUGGCGGCGGCCAGGGCACGUAUGGUUCGUAUUUGGGCGGUUAUGUUUGGGGCGAGGCGUUGGGCAGCAUUUGUUGUGUUGUUUGGGCUUGUAGCAGUGUUCCUUUGUUCAGGUUGAGUGAUGUCUAUUUCAAUGGGGGCAUUUGUGCGGUCUGUUGGUGCUGCUGUGGGCAGUGGCAUUGCUUCUUGUGGAAAGAUGUUGUAGCAAGGGCCGAGUGUAGUACGCACGGCCUCCAUGUCUACAGUGGAGACAGUGCCGAGGUAGUAAAUAUGGCCUUCCAUAGCACUCCAUCCAUCGUCUUCAAGGAGAACGUUGUGGAGUGGUGUAUUUUCUGAAUCGACUAUGCGCCAUUGGCCUGCCUCAAGGCGGACUGCAUAGACAUGGGGCCGGCUAUUCAUGAGGACAUUGAAGCCAAGGCGGCGCGCCUCACGUGGUAAUGCGGCGAGUACGGAGUCUUUGGAAUGAGGGGGAUCCCCUGGUGUGUCAAAAUGUGACACGGCGCAGCGCAUGACUAAACGCUUGUUGGGAAGUGCGUUUGCAUUCCCGAUUGUGGCGUUAUAGUAAAGGUAGUGGUUGAUGAUGCUCAUGUCAAACCUGCCCGCUUGUGUGUAAGCGUUUGCCCAC